UUUUUGUAUAUUGAUGUUAUUUUGUUGUGAGUAAAAUUUGUUUGAAAAAGUAACUAGCGAUUUUGCAUUCAACUAUCAAGUUGUCUCGUAACUUUUCAUUGUUUUUCGAAAGAAUAAAACAACUGGGACAGAUGAGGAUGACAUCUUCAUCAAAAAUAAUGCUGAUAGCAUGUGGUUCAUUCAGUCCCCCGACUCCAAUGCAUUUUCGAAUGUUUGAAAUUGCCCGAGAUCAUUUCCACCAACUGGGCAUGGGUCAGGUUGUGGGUGGCAUUGUUUCUCCUGUGCAUGAUUCAUAUGGAAAAAAAGGCCUUGUAUCGGCUACUCACCGUUGCACAAUGAUCAAACUCUCUUUACAAUCGUCCGAAUGGAUUCGUCUGUCGGAGUGGGAAACGCAACAAGAAGAAUGGACUAGAACACGACUAACACUGCAGUACCAUCAGAAUUACAUAAAUUCUUACAUGAAAGAUUCAAACAGCAUCAAUGAGCAGCAGAUUCCAUCCUGGGUACCUGCCGAAUUGCAAAAAAACAAUGGUCACAUUCAACUGAAAUUGCUGUGCGGGGCUGAUUUGCUAGAAUCGUUUUCAACCCCCGGUUUAUGGAAGGAUGAGGAUAUCGAAGCGAUUGUUGGCCAACAUGGAAUCGUGGUUAUCUCACGUGCUGGUUCCAAUCCGGAGCAGUUCAUUUUCAAUUCUGAUAUACUCAGCAGAUACAGGAGAAAUAUUACUAUUGUAACAAAUUGGGUAACGAAUGAUGUUAGCUCUACUCUCGUUCGACGUCUUCUGAGUCGGAGUAUGUCAGUCAAGUACUUACUAGAUGAUUACGUGAUGGAUUACAUCAAGCGGCAGGGAUUAUAUGGUUGUACUGACAGUAAGUACAUUUUAUCUGCUAACACUGGAGGUGAAAAGAUGAGCAUAUCACCUGUCUCUCCGGAUAAGGAUAACGACCUUUACGUUGAAUGUCAAAAUGAACUGAACUCGGUGAAUACUUUGGAAUCGAUGGAUGAAACAGAUUUUCCACGCACGACCCUUAAUCGAGUUUUCUGUUGUGGAACAGAGAACAAUGCGAAAAACACCUCUUCCAAAAAUAUGCGAGGUUCCUUAUCGCAUCCUGGGGGUGCAGUACGAGCAGUUCAAACGACGGCAACGACUGUUUCAACAUCAUCAAUUGCAUCCGAUUCUGGGAUUGAUAGUAUUUCGCAUCACACAGUAGACGACAAGGUGGGUGACCAAAACAGUACAAUAAAAAACAGUCUUGAUACCACAGUAAGUAACACAGUUGCACUUACUUCACCUAUUAAACACACAACAUGCCAAAGCACACAGUCAAAAAAUCGCGCUAAUACUGACUUUAAGCUAGACAACAUUGAGAUUAGUACCACAACCAGCACUACGGAAAUCCCGCUAGAUGGAUCUACGGAUGCAACACCGGCGGCCACUGGUGAUUCCCCACUGAAAUCUGCUGGACGCGUUAGUCCCUCGAAAAGCUACGAUGAUAUGAUUAAGUUCGUGUUUACAGAGCACGGCAUAAAAGUUAUCAGCGAUCGUGAAUAUGUAGUUUGAAUUGCAGUGGCCCCUACCGUCAGAUUAGAGUCAUCUGCAAGAAGUUGAAACUUUCGGCCGUGCAUGUUUGAGUGGAUGCUGAACAAGGAUCACAGAAGGCAAUAGCGAGGAUGUCAUUCAAAAGUCAAUAAAUCAAUGGAGAAUACACAAUUAAUGAACCGAAUUGAUGACUAAAAAUUGUGGUAGAUCUUCAAUUGGUUAGUUUUUUGCAGGAUUACACUAGAUUUUAGUUUUUAUCACGAUAGUUAAAACAAUGAUACUAGUCAUUAACUUUCGAUUACGAGUCUGAUGCUGUUUCGAGAAAAAAAACCUUUCUAUUUUGUAGUGUUGCGUCACGUACGAAACUUUCAAAACGAUUGAAUAUUUCCAAAUAGUAAUUGGAGUCGUUAAAGCAAUUGGCAAAGGAACGUGUCAAUGUUUCAAAAGUCGUUCUACACCCUCUCUGUGGUGAUGAAGGUCGAAACUGUUGAAUUGAUACUCACCUUGAAAUAAAAUCAAAUACUUAAUUCAAAUCUUCAUACGCUAAAGGUUAAUCGGCGCACAAUUGAGCGGCAAGCUUUGGAAAUAUAGAAUGUUUAGUAGAUUAGCAA